UGAUUAACGCAAAUCCGCAAAUCGAACGUCACAACUUGCAUAAACGUUUUUAUAUGCUCCGCCGAGCGGUAUUGUCAGUAGCCAGUUGCGAGGUUGCUUCGUGUCGUUCAGAUAAUUUGACCAGUGGUUUCUUGUUCCGUUCAGUCCCGCGUAGUAAUCGUGCCGCAUUUUACUAACUCCGCGCAAAAAUGAGUACCAUGUUCAGUGGAAUCGAGCAAGGACCACCAAUCGAGGUUUUUGCCCUGAAUAAGCAAUGCCUGGAAGACAGCUGCCCCGACAAGGUCAACCUGGGGGUGGGUGCAUACCGAACAAACGAGGGCAAACCAUGGGUUUUACCAGUCGUGCGGAAAACUGAAAUUUCCAUUGCGCAAAAUGAAAGCAUUAACCACGAAUAUUUACCAGUUUGCGGAGCUGAUGCAUUUACAAAAGCUGCUGCCACAUUAUUGCUCGGCGAAAAAUCCCCAGCACUUGCUGAAAACCGGGCUUUUGGAGUACAGUCACUUUCAGGAACAGGUGCCUUGCGUUUAGGUGCUGAAUUUUUAGCACAGAAAUUAUCACGUCGCGUCUUUUACUUCUCGGAGCCUACAUGGGAGAAUCACUUCAAGGUAUUUACGGGUGCGGGAUUUACAACAGCCAAAACUUACAGAUAUUGGGAUCCGAGUUCAAGAGGAAUUGAUUUUGCGGGUCUACUGGAGGACUUAUCACAAGCUCCUGAAAAUGCUGUCAUCAUUUUGCAUGCCUGCGCUCACAACCCAACUGGGUGUGACCCAUCGCAAGAACAGUGGAAACAAAUUGCUGAUUUGAUGGAGAAAAAGAAAUUGUUCCCAUUUUUCGACUCUGCUUACCAAGGUUUCGCUAGUGGUGAUCCAAACAAAGAUGCGUGGGCUGUUCGCUAUUUUGUGGAGCGUGGCUUUGAAUUGUUUUGUGCUCAAUCAUUUGCUAAGAACUUCGGCCUCUAUUGUGAGCGUGUUGGAAAUCUAACUAUUGUACAAAAAGAUGCCUCAACCACCGCUGCUGUUCACUCUCAAUUUACACUAUUGGUACGAGCAAUGUAUUCAAAUCCUCCUGCAUUUGGAAGCCGCAUAGUCAGCACCGUUUUGAAUGAUCCUAAGCUACGGGAAGAGUGGAUGGAUUGCAUUAAAACAAUGUCGUCGCGAAUAAUCACAAUGCGACAGAAGCUCUACGAUCUCCUGAAAAAACUCAACACCCCCGGAACCUGGGAGCACAUCACUCAGCAAAUCGGAAUGUUUUCCUAUACUGGACUCAAUGAGGCUCAAGUGAAGAGGCUGAUUUCAGAUUUUCAUAUAUAUUUGUUGUCUACGGGUCGAAUUAACAUGUGCGGGUUGAAUGAGAAAAACGUUGAGUAUGUGGCCAAAGCCAUUCACGCUGUUGUUACGAACGGCCCCAAGUUAUAAGUCAAUUUCAAUAAGCUGGCCUAUAUUGCAAUUGGCAGAGCUGAUUACCUCUUCAUCUUAUUAAUGUAUUUACGAAAAAGUUGUAAUAUUUUAUAGCAUGUUAUGACCAUAGGAAUGACGGAACUUUAGUUAAAAGAAAUUGUUUACAGCAACUUUUCAAUGCAGAUUUUCAAAUUUUUAUAUGGAGAUAAUUGAUUGGAAAGGGGAGAAUACCACAAACAAAAAAUCAGUUAAGUAUUUUACUAAUGACACUUUUAUACAACUAACAGCGAUGGGAACAGUAUCAUUUGCGUAACCGAUAAACUGAACAUUUAUGAAACUUACUCUACCAUUUUGAAAUAGGCCUUGUAUUCACAACUGUUCCUUUGUACGCACAUUUUCAUGCAGAACAUUAACACCCUAAAUGCUCACUAAUUCCACAAUAUUAAUUACCUUAAUUUGAAAAGCAUAAUUUCGAAUUAUGUGACCGCAUGAUUCCACUCAAAAAUUGAUUAAAAUGAAAUGGUGAGUAUUUGGAAUCGCAUUUCACUUUCCACUCGUUCCUAAAAUGUAUUUGAAUAAUGAAUAAGUUGUUGGCGUUUGUUUAAAGGUGUAGCAAUUCGUGCAUGAAUAAAGCGAAACUUUAAAACCUGA